CGUGCGGCUGCGCCGUGACCUUUUAACCCGUGUGGAUUCUGUGUUGGAAAUCGACACAGUCAACGUGGACACGAAGUUGUCACGGGUCCUUCUGCUGCUGUUUGGUCGAGAUUUCCAGCCAUUUCUGCCAAUAUUCUGCUUUCCAGCCUCGACUGCACUCUCCAGAAAUAUUUCCGAAGAUAUCACCAUGCGACAACACCGUAGGUGACAAAAGUGCCUUGUCCCACUCUCUCCCGUCUCGCUGACAGGCGAUUGCGAUGACCAAACGCCGUCGCAUCGUACUAUGGGGUGCCAUCGUUUUUCUGGCGUGGAAUAUUCUCACCUUCUUUGUCGUACACAGGCCUUCCUCAGAUCAGCAGGUCCCCUCCGAUUUGUUGAAGAAACUUGAAGGUCUGCAGUCGGAGGUUCAGCGUCAGAUGAACAACAAUGAGGCACUUCUCAGGGACCUCAAGAAGCAGAAAGACCUGCUCAACAGGUAUAGAAAUGGCAACACUGGAGUGCAGAUGGACCAAGGGGGGAGGGUGAACAACUCGGUACGGAUCACACACAGACUGCAGUCUCCCGCUGGCGACGUCGUCAUUCCAGUACUGGUCAUCGCUUGUAACAGACCGACUGUCAGAAGAUCGCUCGACCUGUUGGUCAAGCACCGGCCAUCAGAACACCAGUUCCCUAUUAUAGUUAGUCAGGACUGUGGCCAUCAGGAGACUUCAACUGUCAUCAAAUCGUAUGGAGACAAAAUAGCACAUUACAUACAGCAACCUGACCUGAGCGACAUCCCAGUACCCCCCAACCACAAGAGGUUACAAGGAUACUACAAGAUCUCCCGCCACUACAAGUGGGCCUUGAACCAAGUCUUCAACAGGCUUGGAUAUGGAAGUGUCUUAAUAGUAGAAGAUGAUCUAGACAUAGCUCCUGACUUCUUUGACUACUUCCUGAGUACACUCCCACUCUUACAACAGGACUCCUCUCUCUGGUGUGUCUCUGCCUGGAACGACAAUGGCAAGGAACACAUGACAGACACCAACAGACAAGACCUGCUGUACAGAACAGACUUUUUCCCUGGGCUGGGCUGGAUGAUGCUGAAGAACCUCUGGGAUGAGCUGGAACCCAAGUGGCCAGCCAGUUUCUGGGAUGACUGGAUGAGGCACCCUGAUCAGCGUAAGGACCGGGCCUGUAUACGGCCGGAAAUCUGCAGGACCAGUACAUUCGGCAGGGUGGGGGUUAGCAAGGGCCAAUACUUUGACAAACAUCUGAAGUUCAUCAAGCUGAACACCAAGCCUUUUGAUUUUACGCAUACCGACCUUUCCUACCUCCUAAAGGACAACUAUGAUAGAAGAUUCAUUAGUGAAGUAUACAGAUCACCCCAGCUAACUGUGAAAGAAGUCAUCGCUAACCAACAUGCCGAGCACAACGUUGUUAGAGUUCAAUACAAGACCAAAGAGGAGUUCAAGGGUUUCGCUAAACAGUUGGGCAUCAUGGAUGACUUGAAGGCUGGUGUUCCAAGGGCAGGCUACCAUGGCAUUGUCAGCUUCAUGUUCAAAGGUCGCCGGGUUCACCUGUCACCCCCCGCGGACUGGACACAGUACGACCCGUCCUGGAGCUAACACCAUCCAACCAUGGGGAACACAGCUCUCUGGACACUGCCACUUUCCAUCAAGGGGGACUACAUUUUCACUUUCAAAUUGAGAAAUUAGGUACAAACCAGGACCAAGGAUGUUAUAUACAUGUAGGAAGAUGGCUUUGCCAGGGUCUACCACCCCUCCAUAAGGAAUGGUUUCAUCCAACAUUGACAAACUGACCACUACUGGACAAUUCACCAAUGAAUCUUCUUCAGAAAAAUGUUGUGCUGUUUGUUCUAUUCCUUGAAAAAUUUGAAAAAGAACUUAUUAUGAUUCUGUUGACACUUCAUACUCAACAAUGUUAUGCUCAGAAAAACACUGUUGAUGAAUGAUAGAACCUCCACCUCUUUGCAAUGAAACACAUCCACUCUCUACCUUUGUAUAUGUUUUGAGAUUUUAACUGCCGGGUACAAGUGUCUUGUAAAAGUGCAGUUCCUCUACAAGCUAAGUGUAUGUACUAUGUAAUGUUUUCGUCCAUAGAUUGGAGACAAUGUUCUCAAAAAAUAAAAGCCAGGGUCCAGAAUGAUGUAAUAAUACAAAAGAUACCUGGUUUACAUGCAAUGUACAGUCAUUCUAUUUAUACUAAGAAUUGUAAAAACAACAGGAUAGCUGAGGGUUAGUGCCCUACUAAAGCUGGCACAAAGUCUUUUUAUAAAACAUGAGUAAUAUUGCAACUGAGAUAGAAUGUAAAGUUUACCCAUGCUGUGCACAGUGAAUUGUUAAGGAAUAAAUGAGUACCCCAGACAUGAAUUUUACUUUAGAAAACAGUGUAUUACCAUUUUGAAACCAUGAAAAGUGCUUCUGAUAGCUCAUAGUCAUACAUUGUAAUAGGUUUUAACAUCAAUGUAGUAGCAUUUCCUAUGUGACAUCAAGCACCAUAUUCUUUUAUUGUGUUUCUUUGCAUCAUUACCAACUUCAUAGCUGUAUGUGAAUAUUGCGCCAAUCUAUGAAAAACAAUUGUGGGAAAUUUAGCAAGGUCAAAACCAAUUGUACAUUACCUAAAAGCUGAUAUUGUAGUCUUUUGCCAGUUUUAUUUUAGUAAAGGCCAUAUUUUUUCAUAUAUAUGGUAAAAGACAUUCUGCCUGCUCUAUACUGUAAGCAGCUAAUUUUUACAAAACCUGAGAUUAAAAGAAGGAGAGACAGAUUAUUCAAACGCCUGUGUGUUAAAUAUUGUCCUAGAACUCGAUGAAGAACAUUCAAUUUAGGGGAAGGGGGUAAAGAGCCAGUCAAAAAAGACAUGCUUUAUAAACAAGGAUAUACUGUAAUUCCUGAUUUUUUUUCAAUGUACUUUUAUGUUCACGGUGACAACUGUAAUGUGAACUUAUCAUUACCGAUAACAAAUGAUUCGCCUUGGUGAUGAUAACAAAUAAUGCGUUCACCGUGAACAUUUAGUUCAGAGAACAAGUUAAAUUUUCUCACACCGUGAAAGUUUGGUACCGAGAAGACAAAGUGAAUUACAGUAUAUGCUGCUUUAUUCUUUGGCAUUUCUGGCAUGAAAUAGCUUUUCAUCAAUUUUCUAUCUUUGACUUGUGCAAACAUGCAUGUGGCUGAAAACCUACAGAACUUGUAAGAGCACUCUGCUGAUUUUUGGUGCAGGUCACACUUAAAAUUGUAUUCAUUCAAGUUGACAAUUUUACGAUAGGUAAUAUUUGUCAUAAUGUAAAUUGGAAGUAUCUAAAUUUGAGAUGUGUAAAGAUUUUAAAUAUUUCUUAAAAAUAACUGAUUCUUUUUUCUGGCUUGCUAUAGCAAACAAACAAUCAUGUGUCUUAUCAAGUCAUUAUUGUUAAGUAAUGUUAUGCAUCAAAAAUGCUACAUUGGAAUUUAAUGUGAUUCUUGCUUGAAAAUAUGUCCCUUUCUAUAUUUGUUAAAUGGGAUGACUCCAUAUUGGGAAUGACUCCAUUUAUGGAGCAUCUUGCACACUAUUUGAUCAUUUUGCUAACGCAGAUCUAUUUUCUUUGCUUUUGAAAAUUUCAUAAGAAUAUCAGAACACUCAGUAUUUGUACUAUGUAAUGAAGCAAAGAGAUAGGCAGUAUUGAUUAUGUUACAUAUUAAAAUCAGUGCUGAUAUGUAAUACAGCUCACUUAUCAUUGCUUUAUUUUCUGUAAAAUUCAAUAAAAAAUUUGUAGCCUGAUAGUAGUAUGCAUCAAAUUUUCAGAACACAAUUGUGCAUUUCAAUCUCUGUGUGGGUAGUGCAUUGAACAUUAUAAUCUUUCACAACAGCAAAUUUUGUCCCAUAUAGUUUUUGUUCUGUUCUAUGUUCAUUCAAAAUUUGUUUAAAAAUGUAGUAUAUUAGUUGUAUUAGUAAUGUCUUUGAAACUGGUAUGUUGUGUUAUUUGUAGUUUGCUGGCUUUUUUUUAGAUAUUUUUUGUGUACAACAUGAUCAACAACAAUGACACAAUAUAUAUUGUUUAAGUUAUAAUUCAUCACACUCAUUUCAAAUGUUUAGAAAUAUUUGAUCCAAGUUUCAGCAUCCUCUCUCAUCAUUGAAUGAAUGGACUGUAUUCUGAUUGGCUUAUUAUCAGCUCAACUGCAGUACUAAUUAGAACUUUGAUCUUGGGUAAGGCCACAACUAUUUAAUUUCUUGGUUCUCGAAUUUUAUCCAAAAAAAAAUUGCAAAAAGUCUGUGGUGAACUUAUAUAACACGAAAAGUUAAGUAGUCAACUUUUCAGCUUUUCAUGGCAUGAUUUUUCCAAUGAAUCUCUUCCUUUGAUUUUAUACCACUGUUCUGAUCAUGUGACUGCAAAUAAGCACUCUGAUUGGUUUAUCAGCAGUAUGUGCCCCUGGAAUGGUUUUUUUUAUAGCAAAACCUAUAUUAUUUUUCUUGGGACUAAAUUAAACCAAGAAAUUAAAUUGGUGUGGCCUAAAGUAGCGUAUUAAUAGAGUCCUAUGGUGACAAAAAUGCAACAACAUAUCCGUAAUAGAUUGAUGUUUCUGGUUGGUUUCCUUGGACUGGCUUUCUUUGAAAAGGGGGAUUAUUGUCAGAAAUUCUGUUAGGACUGAUUUUUAUCUUUAUCAACAAGUCACAGCAACUUUGGUUUCAUCAAACUGCUCUGGAUUCAGAGUUGAGUAAGACCCUUUCACAUCCUUGUUGAAGGCUAGUCAUGGGGAAACCAGGGUACAACUAUGUACAAACAAACUCUGUAGAAUAGAACUUAUUCUUCCCACAGGAAGCAAAGAGAAACUUCUGGCUCUUUCUUUAAAGUGUAGCUGUGCAAUAAAGUUUUCUUAUGUGGGUUUUAAACAUUUUAUUCCUGCUUGUUUACUUCAGAGUAACACAAUGCAAGCUAUUGUAUUGGUACGUAAUUAAUUGGUUAUGUGCUACUUAUGCAUAAGGGCUCAGGAUUGUGUACAUCAAUAAAAAAGACAAAAUUCCCUGCAAGUUUUACUCCAGAAAUAAAUCUCCAACUUUU